AGCGAAUUACUGAGCAGACCAGGAGCCACGACGAAAUCAGCGGGGACGGAAGUGGUGGCUGUCGGCUAGCUUCUCACCUAGCCUCAACAAUAGCUUCUGAAUAUUCUUAUUUACUGUCUCUGUUGCUUCACGUAUGGUAGAAACGUUAAGGACAACACUACGGAAACACAUCUUACAAGAAAUCGCCACUUGACUGUGCGGCUCGGUGUGAAAUUAACGUAACGGUUGUCUUCGAAAUGACGUUAGCGCUAGCUUUUAGCUAAGAGCGUAUUCUUUGUACAGUACCGCAUUACUGGACGUGCGCCUGUGAAUGAAUGAACAGCAUUCACGUUUGACAGGUUGUGAGAAGCGUUGAUCAACAACUUGUUAAUCAUGACUACUGGGGCUGAUGUCAGGGAUAUUCUGGAGUUGACUGGAGGAGAAAAUGACGGGCCCAUCAGUAAGAAAGAUCUCAUCAACUCAGACAAGAAAAAAUCCAAGAAGUCAACAGAAACGCUGACCUUCAAGAGACCGGAGGGAAUGCACCGAGAAGUCUAUGCUCUGCUCUAUUCAGAUAAAAAAGAUGCCCCACCUUUGCUGCCCAGUGAUACUACUCAGGGCUACAGGACAGUCAAAGCCAAGCUCGGCUGUAAAAAGGUGCGUCCGUGGAAGUGGAUGCCCUUCACCAAUCCAGCUCGCAGGGAUGGGGCUAUAUUCCACCACUGGAGACGUGUGGCAGAGGAGGGCAAGGACUACCCUUUUGCACGAUUCAACAAGACAGUGCAGAUCCCAGUGUACUCGGAGCAGGAAUAUCAGGUGCAUCUCCACGACGAUGGCUGGACUAAAGCGGAGACAGACCACCUGUUUGACUUGUGCAAGCGCUUCGACCUACGCUUCGUAGUUGUCCACGACCGCUACGACCACCAGCAAUACAGGAAACGUUCUGUGGAGGACCUGAAAGAACGGUAUUAUAGUAUUUGCGGUAAGCUGACCAAGGUCCGCGCAGCUUCAGGGACAGAGCCCAAGAUCUACAUCUUUGAUGCUGGCCAUGAAAGGCGCCGCAAGGAGCAGCUGGAGAAGCUCUUCAAUCGCACACCUGAGCAAGUGGCAGAAGAGGAAUAUCUCAUUCAAGAGCUAAGGAAGAUUGAGACCAGGAAGAAAGAGCGAGAGAAGAAGGCCCAGGAUCUGCAGAAACUCAUUAAAGCAGCUGACACUACCACAGAGUUAAGACGAGCCGAAAAGAGGGUAUCCAAGAAGAAGCUCCCACAGAAAAGAGAAACAGAAAAACCGGCUGUUCCAGAGACAGCAGGCAUCAAGUUCCCCGACUUCAAAUCAGCGGGGGUCACACUGCGCAGUCAGAGGAUGAAACUGCCAAGCUCUGUUGGCCAGAAGAAGAUCAAGGCCAUUGAGCAGAUUCUGAUGGAGCAAGGAGUGGAUCUUAACCCCAUGCCCACAGAGGAGAUUGUUCAGAUGUUCAAUGAGCUGCGUAGCGACCUGGUGCUUCUGUAUGAGCUAAAGCAGGCACACAGCAAUUGUGAGUACGAACAACAGAUGUUGCGUCAUCGCUACGAGGCCCUGCUGAAGGCCGGCAGCGGAGGCGCGUGUGGUGGAAUCACGGCGGCCACACUAGCCGCCGCAACACAGAGUGGGGAACUCAAUGCCACCAACAGCACUACAGCAUCCACCCCAGGGGGUGAAGCUCAGUCCUGGCCGAGUGCAGACGACAUCAAGGUGGAAGCCAAGGAGCAGAUCAUUGAUGUUGUAGGAGCACCACUUACCCCCAACUCACGCAAACGGAGAGAGUCCGCGUCCAGCUCGUCUUCGGUCAAAAAGGUGAAGAAGCCUUGAUGAGGACGAGAGCACUGGUUGGUACACGGUGGAGGAAAAGGAGCCGUGUUCGUUGUUGUGGUCAUGGUGGUGACGCCCACAAGUGUAUGGCUGGACAAGAGGGACACAGAAGCUGGCCACCAUAUUUCUCUCCAUUUACGACGAAGCACCAGUGACUUCACACACACGCAUACGCACAUACACACACAACUUUUCACCUACCAGCGACACCUCUCCAGCCCCCUCCCACCUCUUCUCAGCAUCUUUGUGACAAAGGCAACAACUGAGUGACAUUUCAUUCCAUUACCGCUCGACUCCCUGCCUCCACCAUUGCUCUGCCUUAGAUGAGGCAAGAUCAACUGUAAAUUGCCAGGCUGAGCUAAUCGGGACAUGGGGAAGAAGGUGGGAAUGACUAGGUAAUUGAAAUGAAUUGGAAUGAAAGAAGAGACUCUGGGAGUGGGAGGACCUGGAGACGCAAUGCUCAUUUGACCCAUCUGAGGUUUUUUUUUUUUUUUUUUUUCCUCCCCUAGUCUAAUCAUGCCAUAGUGUUUACUGGAAAUGUGUUUUUGUGUUAGCCUUUAGUGCCCACUGCAGCUCUCUCUCCAACCGGAGUGCGUCUCGCUCCCUCUCAGAUGGAGCUUCCACCUGCUGCCCGUUCUUUAUUUGUGGUCUUUGUCCUCAGGUAACCUUGAAGAUGCUUUAGUCAAUGAUUCAAUAAACCUCAUUGUUUCUUUUUUUUUCCUU